UUACAAAGUCACAAUGAAGUUAGCUAUUAUAGUAUUACUAGCGUUGUUGGUCAUUAUAGCAGAGUCCCUUAAACUUCGUCGAUUUGACGGUCGUGAUAUGGAUCGUUCUGAUCGAUUUGGUCGACGUGAUAUGGAUCGUUUUGAUCGAUUUGAUCGACGUGAUAUGGAUCGUUCUCAUCGAUUUGGUCGACGUCAUAUGGAUCGUCUUGCUCGAUUUAAUCGACGUGAUCGUGAUCGUUUUGAUCGACUUGACCGACGUGAUCGUGACCGUCUUGAUCGAUUUGAUCGUCGUGAUCGUGAUCGCGAACUCAAUCGCUUACUUCAAUUGCAGGGUGGUAGACGUGGACAUAACCGUAGACGCGCUAAUAGGCGUGAUAGAGAUAAUCGAAGACGCGACAGUAGGCGUGAUCGACAUGACCGAAGGCAUGAUCUACGUGACCGAAGGCGUGAUAGUAUGUUUGAUCAUGAGAAUUAGAUUAAUUUUAUCAUCUGAAUGUUACCUUUUCGCUGGUGAUACCGAUUCAACAUGGCUAUUUUCUGGUUUAUGCAAAAGUAUUCUUUGAAAUGUUACGGAGCGAAAUAAAAUAAAUAAGAACUUUAUAGUGCAAA